AUGGCUAGUGAGGAGAGUUUUGUUGUUCUGGUUCACCACAGAGGAUCCAUUAAGAGAAAAACUCGUUCCGGAGUGAAGUUCACUGAUAAGGAUCCUCUCUGUAUUGUCGUGAAUCCAACGACAAGGUAUGAUGACCUUGUUAGAUCUGUGCUGAUGAAACUUGGCCUGGAAGGUGCGAAGCGGGUUAAGAAGUUUUUCUAUCGCAUUCCAGUCACGAUCCUGCACGAUACGAUGAAGUAUGAUUGUCUCACGAUUGGUAGUGAUGAGGACCUGCAAGUCAUGUUUCUUUGUCGGAGGCAGUUUUCGGAGGUGAGGACACCAGAAUUCCUGGCAAAGCUAGUUGAUGUGGUAUCCAGCUCAGGGGGUUCGAACCGGAAUACCACCAAUGUAGCCACGGCAGCUGGUUCCAGUUCCAGGGCUGCCGUGGCUUCUUCCUCCGUCCCAGUGUACGAGCCAGCGGUCCAACUUAUCGCCUCCCCGUCUUUUGCUGUUGAUCUGAAUGACGGCGUAGGCGACGAGGUAGGAUCCUUUGAUAUUUUGCCGAACGCCUUACAGGGCGUUCCACCGGUUGGCGUCGGAGACGGAGUCUUGGGUGGUGCAGAGGAGGACGACGUCGAGCCGGAUACGAUUAAGGAUGACAGCGGCGACGAGGUUGGAGUGACUGGGCCUGCAUUGGCGGGCGGUGGUUCUAGCUCUGGCACAUACCACAUUUUUCCUCGUUGGACCUGGACGCCAUGA